AUGUCUUUAUGUAUUCCCGGAUAUGUCCAUGCUGCUCAGGCUGUACAAAAACAAACAAUAUCUAUUAUUCUCCUAGUCCAUGCUGCUCAGGCUGUACAAAAACAAACAGUGUCCAUUAUUCUCUUAGUCCACUCUGCUCAGACUGUACAAAAACAAACAGUAUCCUUUAUUCUCUUAGUCCAUGCUGCUCUGGCUGUACAAAAACAAACAGCAUCCUUUAUUCUCUUAGUCCAUGCUGAUCAGACUGUACAAAAACAAACAAUAUCCUUUAUUCUCUUAGUCCACGCUGCUCAGGCUGUACAAAAACAAACAGUAUCCUUUAUUCUCUUAGUCCAUGCUGCUCAGACUGUACAAAAACAAACAGUGUCCUUUAUUCUCUUAGUCCACGCUGCUCAGACUGUACAAAAACAAACAGUAUCCUUUAUUCUCUUAGUCCACGCUGCUCAGGCUGUACAAAAACAAACAGUAUCCUUUAUUCUCUCAGUCCAUGCUGCUCAGGCUGUACACAAACAAACAGUGUCAUUUAUUCUCUUAAUCCAUGCUGCUCAGAUUGUACAAAAACAAACAGUGUCAUUUAUUCUCUUAAUCCAUGCUGCUCAGACUGUACAAAAACAAACAGUAUCCUUUAUUCUCUCAGUCCAUGCUGCUCAGGCUGUACACAAACAAACAGUAUCCUUUAUUCUCUUAGUCCACACUGCUCAGGCUGUACAAAAACAAACAGUGUCAUUUAUUCUCUUAGUCCAUGCUGCUCAGGCUGUACAAAAACAAACAGUGUCCUUUAUUUUCUUAGUCCAUGCUGCUCAGGCUGUACAAAAACAAACAGUGUCCUUUAAACUU